ACCAUCAGCAGCAUAUCCCUUAUUCCCUUAUAGAGGAACUCCGCCGCUCGCGAGACGUUGACCGCCAAGCCAACACGAUGGAUUCCAGCACCGAGCUGGUGGCGUUCGCCGCCUCAAACUCAUCACUAGAAUCAGGCCCCAACGAGCUGGCGGCGCCGCACCUACUGUCGCGCCAACCCUCGAGGUUCAAGGGCGUCGUGCCGCAGCCGAACGGGCGCUGGGGCGCGCAGAUCUACGACCGUCAUGCCCGGGUGUGGCUCGGCACAUUCGCCGACGAGGAGAUCGCCGCGCGCGCCUACGACGUGGCUGCUGUCCGCUACCGCGGCCGCGAAGCCAUCACCAACUUCCCGGGGGAGCGUGUGUCCGCGGGUGAGCUCGCCUUCCUGGCGGCGCACUCCAGGUCGGAGAUCGUCGACAUGCUCCGGAAGCACACCUACGCCGCCGAGCUGCGUCAGGGCCUGCGCCGCGGCCGUGGCAUGGGCGCGCGCGCGCAGCCGACGCCGUUGUGGGCUUGGAAGCUGCUCUUCGAGAAGGUCGUGACGCCGAGCGACGUCGGCAAGCUCAACCGUCUCGUCGUGCCCAAGCAGCACGCGGAGAAGCACUUCCCGCUGAAGCGCGCGCCGGAGGAGAAGACCACCGGCAAGGGCGUGCUCCUCAAUUUUGAGGACGGCGAGGGCAAGGUGUGGCGGUUCCGGUACUCGUACUGGAAGAGCAGCCAGAGCUACGUGCUUACCAAGGGCUGGAGCCGCUUCGUCAGGGAGAAGGGCCUCAGAGCCGGCGACACUGUGGCUUUCUCCCAGUCAGUGUAUGGGCAGCAGGAUAAUAAUCAGCUGCUCAUCAACUACAGGAAGACACCAAGGAAGCAGCAGGACGAAGGUCCGGACGACGCGAUUGCCGCUGAGGCCCGUAGCAUCAAGCUGUUCGGCGUUGACAUUACCGGUGGAGGGCGAAAGGCUAGCGAAGGGCACGGCGAAUUCUUGGAGACAUGAUAUAACACAUGAAGAUGACAACUUCUACCUUCUUAUUGAUCUUCCCUAGCUAGCUAGUGUGAUCAUGUAUAUAUGGUAUCGAUCUUCUCCAACUUUGUUUUCUUGUUCGUUAUCGAUCUAUUAUUUGACUCUACCAUUUCAGCCUAGCUAGCUUAUCUAUCUUACUAAUUAAUUAUUACAUCAA